AUGCCAGCCUUCUCCAACGACGUCUCCUACCAGACUGCCACUGCCACGGCUACCCACCCUCGCUCCUUCGAAUCCUCUCGAAAGUCGCACGACAAGACCCCCGUCGGAAAUACUUUCCUGUGGACCAACUGGCCUGAGAACGACGCGAAUCACGACUCCCAUCAGAAUGACCGACAGCUAUUGACCGACCUGAAGAACGGCAGUGCAUAUUCCCUGAAUGGCCCUCGCUCUAGUGUCGGCUCGUACACGCGCGAACUGCCCCUGUCCAAGGACGGCAGCAUGCAUUCGGUAGGCAAUGGAUCCACGAGGGAUCCCCGCGAGAACGGUCGCCCAUCCGCCAUGCUGGACCGUAAAACUUCGGACACUGGACCGGGAGCUAUUUCCACAACAGCAGCCCCUUCCAGUCAACAACCCAAUGGCACUGCAAAUGGCCGACCUGUCCAAGCGAAACUCAUGGUCAACGGAGACGCCCAUCCACCCUACGCCGAUGAGUCUUCAAUCUCGCCAUCGGCCUCACUAUUACAAAUCCCGCAGCAGGAUGAGAACGGUCGCUAUUCUCCAGACCCUGAUCGCCUGACACCUAAUUCAAAGCCCGCCCAACCACGUCACUCCUCUCCUCCCGCCUCAUCUAUACUCGACGCUGCCUCGGUGCCAGAAUCACAGAACUCGAGUAUGCGACAACGGCAUUCAUUGCAGGUUCCAAGAACGCCCAGUGUCCGACGAGAUAGCCGAGAAUAUACCGAUGAUGCUGCGUACACCAGUGGCCGAAUGUCACCGACCACCGGCUUCCGACGCGCCUCAGUCGGUUUGAUUAGACGAGCAACGAAAAACAGCACCCAGCAAGAUAUCACUUUGGAUGAGGCACCGCCGGAUGAAGAUGCGGCCCGAUGGGCCGAAGCUAUUAAACAAAAGCGAGCCUCACGACGACGCCGCGAAGAGGAGGACGAUGAUCGGGUGAUUGUCGGCACCAAAGUGGACCAGAAUCACGUCAACUAUGUGACGGCAUACAACAUGUUGACUGGUAUCCGCUUCACGGUUUCGAGAAUCAACGCGAAAAUGGACCGGGAACUCACCCCGGCGGACUUUGAUGCCAAACACAAGUUCUCCUUUGACAUAACCGGAAACGAACUGAUCCCCUCGGCAAAAUACGACUUCAAGUUCAAGGACUAUGCACCUUGGGUGUUCCGACACCUUCGGUCCAAGUUCCGUCUCGAUCCCGCCGACUACCUUAUGUCCCUCACAAGCAAAUACAUUCUGUCGGAAUUGGGCUCCCCGUACAUCAUCAAGACUAUUCACCAUUCCGAGCACAAGCUUCUCCGGAAGAUUCUUCCAGAGUACUACCGGCACGUGGAGAACAACCCGAACACACUCAUCUCACAAUUCUACGGAUUGCACCGAGUCAAAAUGGCAUACGGGCGAAAGAUCCACUUUGUCGUAAUGAACAACUUGUUCCCGCCCCACCGGGAUAUCCACCAGACGUUCGACCUGAAGGGCUCGACAAUUGGUCGUGAUCUGCAAGAGUCAGAUCUCGAGAGAAAUCCCAGAGCGACUAUGAAGGACCUGAACUGGGUUCGUCGCAACCGUCAUUUGGAAUGUGGCCCGUCAAAACGGGACUUCUUCAUCGAGCAAUUGAAACGCGACGUCGUAUUGCUUCAAAGACUCAAGAUCAUGGACUAUUCUCUUCUAGUAGGAAUCCAUGAUGCGGGCAGGGGCAACGAAGAGAAAUUGCGUGACAAGACUCUGCAGGUCUUCCAACCAGGAGGCAACCGCGAAGAGGACACGACUCCCAACAACCUAAUGCGCACUCCAUCAAAAUUGGAAAAUGAACGCAAGGCCCGGGAGCUGCGCAUGCUUAUCAAGCGUGAACGGCCUGUUCCAUUGGACAAAGCAGCUGCGAAGAUGCCAGAUGAAAUUCUCGAUGAACGGAAAUACCAUGUCUUCUAUGCGGAUGAUGGAGGUUUCCGGGCUACUCAUGAGAAUGGCCAACCUGGUGACGAGAUCUAUUACCUCGGUAUAAUUGAUUGCCUGACCCAUUACGGAACCACCAAGAAAUUGGAGAACUUUUUCAAAGGACUCUCGCACGACCGGACACAGAUUUCUCCAAUCCCACCAGAGAGCUACGGAGAGCGCUUCAUUAAUUUCAUCAAGGGCAUCACUAUGUCGAGGGAAGAAGCCGAACGACGACGCGAAGAAGCUGAAGCCUCCACGUCCGGCGCACCUCAACAAUCAACUGAAAAGCCACGUUCGAGAUCCUCUUCUGUCGAGCGAACAAUGCAGGCAGCGGAGAAGGAGGCAUCGAAAGACGUGUCCGUCACACAUCCUCGAACAUUAGCCACUGUUUGGGAUCCAGCAGACGCCGGGGGCCCCGGCCCAACUUCGACUCUCCCAAUUGUGGAUGAAGCCGGCGAGGCUAGCAGUGUCGGAGGACGCAGCUCAAACAGCCGACACGGCACUCCAGGAUCAGACAAGGAAUUGCCUCCUCUCCCCCGCGACGGCCCACCGGCAACUCCCAGCAAAGGCAAGGAAGUUGAUCGGCGCAAUUUCGUGAAUACUAGUCCAGUCCGACGUUAG